GUGGUGGAAAAACCAGCUUGUGCCCCCGGAAGUACUUAUUUUUGACGGCGGAAGUGGCCAGCGCGCAUCGCCGAUCCUCCGGAAAGGCACAUGGAUCGCAAAAAAAACGGUUCCCAGGAGGUGUCCUGUGUGGUGGAUGAGAAGUCAGGUGACAUUGUUCUGUCAUUCGAGUCCUGCCAGAUAAACGAAGGCUCCAAGUUCAUCUGGAAGAAAGAUUAUAAAGAAAUCACAGAUUUCUCUAAAGGGGUAGUGAUUAAAUCUGAGGGCACCCACUCUAAGCUGAUCUUCAAGAACCCAGAUAAGGAAGACUUUGGGACGUAUUCUGUUUCUGUCACAAACACAGAGGGAGUGUCAUCCAGCUACACAAUCUCUAAUGAAGAGUUGGUAAAGAUGCUGGUGCUCAGUUAUGAUAUCAGACACCCAGCCCAACAAGAUGGGUCAUGACGUCGCUACAGGGAUCAUUGAGUUCAUCAUGGAUCAUUUCACUGAGGAGAAUGAGGGGACAUAUACCUGCCAGAUCACAGAUGGAGGAGGAAAGGCACAGAGCUCACUGGUUCUGAUUGGAAAUGCUUUCAGGGCAGCACUGGCUGAGGCUGAUUUCCAGAGGAGAGAGAGUACAUCAGAGUCAAAGAGGGCCCCCACUUUAGUGAGUUUCUAUCACUUCAGAUUGGGGAUGACUGCUCUGUCACUUUGGUCUGCAAGGU